GGAGCUAAUUAGCCCUUCCCGCCGUGACUGUGUAAUAGUGCGCAUGCGCACUGGGCUAAUUCCAGCCAUUUUUUGCAGGAAACUAAUUAGCAGGAAUAAAGACUGAACGGUUUUUUUCCUUCGGUGGCGUCAAACACCGCUUUCUCCUCUUCCCUCUAACCAAGCCAAGUCGUCUGCGUUACAACCAAAUACUCCUUUUUGUUGUUGUUUUAGUUUCUUGUUUGUUGUCUGUUCUUUAAAAGGCUUUAAAACGGUAAUCCGGAUAUAGACCUCUUUACUGUUUACUACUAAUAAGAAGAAUCUAGAAGCUAUCUGACCAAAUGGAAGUACGUGAAUGGGAUCUAUGAAGGCGGCGUGUGGACCAAGCCACAGAAAUGUCUGGGUGGAAUAAGAAUGUCCAGUAAAUGGGAGGAUGGAGUGCUGUGACUCUGUCUCAAAUGACGGAGCCUCUGGUCCUUGUUUAAACCAGCCUCCAGGGAUCUGCAGCCCACAAUCUUCCAUGCUACUUCUCCUACAGAGAGAAAACACUGCUCACCUGAACUCAGCCAGCCCGUCCAACCAGGGUGAACCAGGGUGGAGGAAAGAAGUGAAGGGGCAAAGCAAGGGAGAAAGGAGGGCGUUUGGAGAGGGACAUGAAGAGGAUGAGGGCAUUGAUGAAAAAACAGUUGAUUGUGCUGUGGGUGACUGUUUAGAGCAUAGAGGAGAUCUAAGAGAAGUUGAUGAGGUAGAAUGUCAGAUCAUCUACCAGGCUGAUGGUUCUGCUUACAUCCUAGAGAGUCAAAGUCAGCUGCCACGCAAUGUGGUUUCAUCCUCAUCUCGUCCACAGUUUGUUAGCACAUGCCAUUUCUCUGUUUCCCAAAGCUCUACCUUUAAAAGCUUCCAUGUCUUCCACCCUAAGAACUGGUGCCACUUGACUGGUGAUAUUCUUGCUUUGCUGACCUGCCAAUCCAAAGAUAGAGCUCCUGCCAAAACGAGUUCUUCUGAAGCAGAGCUGGCACUGCUUGGCAAAGAACAACCUGUCCUGGUGUGCUUUUUUUGUCGCCUGUCAUUCAGUCGCAUGCAUGUUUUUAGAGGACAUGUUUCACAGCAUCACAAUAUUAUGCUUACCACAGAGGAACAGCAAUUGCUCUCGCUCAGGCACACCUGUGCCAUCUUGCAACCUGUAGGCCCCAAUAAGCACCCACUCUUAAGCUUCCUAGAACCAAAAACUAGCAACAUGCCAACCCUGUUAACAACCACAGCUUUAGGGCCCAACAUGGUGGCAAUGCUAAGUCAGGAGGACAGGGAGCACCUCCAGAUCUCUGAGCCAGGGUUCCCUCUUCAGCCCUCUCUACCCAGAGUCCCCCUUCCUACCUCAGUGCUGAGCCCUGCCAAAGACCCUUCCACCCUGGGCAGAGAGGGCCCACAGAGGAGCAGUGAUGAUGGUGGAGGUAGCGGAGAAGCAGAGGAGAGUUCAGAGGUCAUUUCCACUGCAGAGGAUGGCGUGAGCAGUAUUAGCAGCAGUGGUCGACAAGGGCACAUUACUGAACCGGCUCUUUCAAACCAAAGCAAUCCCAAAUCUCCCAACUCCGUCACAGUAGCAACCAGCUUUAUGAACAACACCAAAUCUCUCACAGACUCUGAGUUAGAGUGUGGAAUAAGCUUUAACUGCCACGGCCCUGCUUCAGUAUCCUUUACUGUGCAACCCUCGUCCACGGUCACUACUCCAAAAGAAUUUUCCAGCAAAGAGAGUGUAAUGGAAACCAAACCAAAUAACCUGUCAGAAAAGGGCAGCGCCAUGGCAAAAGAACCAAAUGGCAAGCUGUGCAACGACAGCAUGCCAGAUGUCACUAAAUCUGACCUACCUAGUAACCAUAGCAAUUCUCAGUCACCGACUGUCACCCCUCCUCUGACCCAAACUGUCAAAUCUCAGUUUGAGGACCUACAGGUGGAGGUUGGGUCUAGAGGAAGUAUGUCAGCUGGGGGUGAACAAGAAUUUGGUCUUGGGCAGGACACUAUCCAGGGGUCUUCUUACUCUUUUGGGGGCCAAGUAAACAUGACGCACUCCCGCAACUCUUGCAAGACGCUAAAGUGUCCCAAAUGUAAUUGGCACUACAAGUACCAGCAGACUCUCGAGGCUCAUAUGAAAGAGAAACAUCCGGACUCUGAGGACGGCCAGUGCCCAUACUGUGCCAGUGGGCAGAACCACCCACGCUUGGCUAGAGGGGAGACUUAUACCUGUGGGUACAAGCCAUUUCGUUGUCAGGUGUGUCAGUAUUCCACCACCACCAAAGGCAACCUGAGCAUCCACAUGCAGUCAGAUAAACACCUCAACAAUAUGCAGAAUUUGCAGUCACAGACACGCCCAGAUGCUCCAACAGUUCAGCCUAACCCCCUGCCUCACACGCACACCACCCAGAACCCCUCGCCAUCUCCUUCUAAAGUACAGGGACGUGCAUCAUGGCGUUGUGAAGUAUGUGACUAUGAAACCAAUGUAGCGCGGAACCUCCGCAUACACAUGACCAGCGAAAAGCAUACCCACAACAUGCUUCUUUUGCAGCAAAACCUGGCCCAUAUGCAGCGUCAGCAUCGACAAAAUUCUGCCGAGCUCUACCCAUACUGCCAGCCCCAGACCAGAAUUUCUGACCCAAAAAGUGUGUUACAGCCAGGAAGGGAGACCAUGCAGGAGUCUCCCCGGAAGCCAGUAGAUGAAGACCCCCCAGAGGCACUGUUUGAAUGUGCACUGUGUGGUCACUUCUCCUCAGACAGCUUGGGUGCUCUUAGUCAGCACCUGGCAAUCCAGCGCUCACUUCCUGAUGCUGAUUGGAGAGGUACAACCGGUGACGCCCACCUUUGUCGUCUUUGCCAUUAUGCCACACCUCUGAGGGCCAACUUCCAGUUGCACUGCCAAACAGACAAACAUCUGCAACGCUACCAGCUAGCAGCACACCUUCAAGAAGCCAGCAGACGCAAUGGGAGUGCAGAGGAAGAGGAGGAAUGGAUGCUCAGGUGUGUUGCUGCUGGUGUCCAGGUGCAACUAAGGUGUAAUGCCUGCAGUUACGAGGCCAAUAGCAUGGAGAAGCUGAAACUACACACAAUGAACUCAAGACACAAGGCCAGUUUGAGACUAUACAAGUACCUGCAGCAGUUUGAGGGAGCCGUGUCUGAUGGUGGCUCUCUGCACUGUGUGUUGUGUGAUUACUCCACCCAAAACUGCCUCAGUCUGGUGCAACACGCCAAUUCGUUGAACCACCAGAGAGGGGAGGGACUCCUGAGACUACAGCGAAUCCAGAACGGCCUCCAGGAUGAAGAGGAGGACCUCGGUGCCAUCUUUGAGAUCAGAAAGAAUCAUGGUACAGAUAACGGAGACAUGAAUGAGAUGGAGUCACCCGCUGAGAUUACCUCUGACCAGGCAGACCAGACCAAACACACAAGCAAAGAGGGGGAGAAAACGGAAGCACCCACGCACGGAGAUAAGAAACCGAACGAGCCGUCUGUCAGUCCCAAGCGCUCUGCAUCUGGAGACACAGAUGACUCCAUACCUUCAAAACGCCCUCGAGCACAGGAAGAGAUCUCCUCAGAGCAGGUCCGUCAGUGCCCGUUCUGUCGGUUUUGUCACACUGAUCUCAGCCGUCUGAGGAGCCAUGUAAUGAUCCAGCACGCUGUGCAGCCCACUCUUCGCUGCCCGCUGUGCCAGGACACGCUGCGCAGUGUCGCUCUGAUGCGCUCUCACCUCACACACCUGCACAGUGUCACUGCAGACUGCACACAGAAACUCAUUAACGCGGUGAUUGCUUCAGAUGUGCUGCCAGAGAAGAUGUUCCUAAUGGUGCCAGACUCUAAUACACAGCAGACAACGGCAGAUUCCAGCUGCAAUGGGAUAAAAAGACCUGAUGAACAAGGCGACGAAGACGAAGAGAGAGUGACCACGUGUCGACCAGAGAUAGCAAGAACACAAAAUCAGCCCUUAGAAGAUGCCGAAUCCACAAAGGAAAACACCGCUGCCUUCCCUUGCUGGCAGAAAGGCUGUAACAAAGUCUUGACAUCAUCUAGCGCCCUCCAAACACACGUCAACCACUUUCACAGCCAGAAACUUCAAAUGCCAAUUUCUGAUCGACAUGUCUACAAAUAUCGUUGCAGUCAGUGUAGCCUUGCUUUUAAAACUGCUGAAAAGCUGCAACAGCAUUCUCAGUACCAUGCCAUCCGGGCAGCCACUAUGUGCUGCCUUUGCCAACGCAGCUUUCGAACAAUACAGGCCCUGCAGAAGCACUUAGAGACCAGUCAUCUUGAGCUUAGUGAGAUCCAGCUGCAGCAGCUGUGUGGCAGUCUGUUGAUGACUGAAGACCUCUUAGCCAAUGAAGACCAAGGACUUGAUGAAGAACAGGGAACCUUUGAUGAGGAAAAGGUGAAAGAAGAUGAAGAAAGUGAUGUGGAAGAUAAAAUAAGUCCACCUGACAGUGUAUCGAGUUUAGUUCGAGAAGAACCUGAGCUCCAUCCAAAGCCUUCAGUUGUGCCUCAGAGAAAAGGGCCGAACCUCUCGACAGAAAAAUUCCUGGAUCCGUCAAGACCUUUCAAAUGCACCGUGUGCAAAGAAUCUUUCACACAAAAGAACAUACUUUUGGUGCAUUAUAACUCUGUCUCACACUUGCACAAAGUGAAGCGUUCGGUGCAGGACACUUCAGCUGCCUUCCCAGAGUCUGUCAGCAGCAGCGCUGACCACAAACCCUUCAAAUGUAGCAUUUGCAAUGUAGCGUACAGCCAGAGCUCCACCUUAGAGAUUCAUAUGCGAUCUGUACUACACCAAAGCAAAGCUCGUGCAGCCAAACAUGAUCCGUCAGCAGCUAGCUCAACUUCUGUUAACCCGUCGCUUCGUAAAGUAGGACCAGAUAACGCAACAGUCAGCUCCCCUGCGGUUUUAAAGCCCACAAACGCUAUGAACUACACAAGUUGUACUUCUUCAGCUGUAGACCAGACUCAGUUAAAGCACCAACAGAGCAAUGAGAACAAUGAUGGAUCACUGAGUCAAACUACACAUUCUGAAGAAAGUAAAAAGAAACCGGUGGUAGACGUAUUGUCAACAAAUCAACAUAGAUUAUUACAACAGCAGCAACAACAGAUAGUCCAGGCUCAAGCACAGAUCCAGCAGGAGCUCCAAAAGAAAGCAGCUCUUCUUCAGUCCCAUUUGUUCAAUCCAGCACUUCUUCACCAUUUUCCCAUCACAACAGAUGCACUCCUUCCACUACAGCAGCAACAGCAGCUGCUGCUUCCAUUUCUCAUCCCAGGAGGGGAGUUUCAGAUUAGCCCUGAGCUAAACCUGAAAUGUUCCGAGUUAAACCUCAGCAAAGCAAAGCCUGUAGUAUCUGAAACAUUUUUGGAGCCAUCCCAGCAUGGUAGCCUUAUCACUUCUAAACAGCCACUGAACGGAGUUUCAGCUAGUGCUUCGCACCAGUCGGUGUCUCUGAUUCCUGAGGACAAUGUUCCUGUUGUUCAACAAGCUGCUGAACAGAUACUGACCUCUAAUUCUCAGAUUCACAAAGGCAUGGAUGAAUACAGUAGUAAAGAAACAAAGGAGUUGUGUAAACCCACCUCACACGAUAAUACCGAUCAUUUCAAAGGACAAGCACAAGAUGAGGUCGAGGACGAGGCAGAGGAUGAAGAGAGUGAAGAGUUCUUUACAGAUUUAAUUCCACCAAGGAUAGCUCACGAUGCACCUGGAAAUGUUUCAAAAGCUUUGCUGGAGAACAUAGGGUUUGAGUUAGUCAUGCAGUUUAAUGAAAAUAAGCAGCAGUAUCAGAGAACUCACACUGAGGUUGUGCCAAAUGGACAGACAAAGUUCAACACCAAAGAGGUGCUUCAUUCAGACUCUGUUGGGAAGCUAGAGUGUGAAUCCUGCAGGAAGCUUUUUUCAAAUACGUUGAUACUAAAGAGCCAUAAAGAGCAUGUUCACCAGUCUAUUUUGCCAAUACAGUCAGUAGAGAAAUUUGCCAAAGACUACAGAGAACAAUAUGACAAGCUUUUUCCUUUUACUCCUUCAGCUUCUGACACGUCUCCGUCUUUGCCUUCCCCCGCUUCACCUCCACUCCCUCCAAAAGAUCCAAGUCAACAGAAACCAGUGUCAUGCAUUCCUGCCACCACAACGACAGUUACUCCACCUAUUGUCUCAACUCCCCAAGUUCCAUUAGCACCAAUUCCCUUACCCAUUGACUUGCCACUUUUCCCUCCACUACUCAUGCACCACAUUCCCCUGUCGGCUCUCCCUCCCCAACUACCUGUACAUCUGCCAUCAGUCGAGGGUGGUCUCACAUCUGACUUAGCCCAGCUAUACCAGCAGCAGUUAACUCCUGCUAUGUUACAACAGCAGGGCAAAAGACCUCGAACAAGGAUCACCGACGAUCAACUAAGAAUUCUCCGGCAAUACUUCGACAUCAAUAACUCCCCAAAUGAAGACCAAAUCCAAGAAAUGGCAAAUAAAUCGGGCUUGCAAAAUAAAGUUAUAAAGCACUGGUUCAGAAACACCCUGUUCAAGGAGCGCCAGCGCAACAAGGACUCCCCAUAUAACUUCAGUAAUCCACCCAUAACAACAUUAGAAGAUGUCAAAGGGGAUUCCAGGCCAUCCUCUCCUGAACUUCUAAGACAAGAGAUUUCAGGAGGGAAAAGGUCCUCAAGGACCAGGUUUACUGACUACCAGCUAAGGGUCCUUCAAGAUUUUUUCGAUGCAAACGCUUACCCAAAAGAUGAUGAAUUUGAACAACUCUCAAACCUUCUCAACCUUUCUACUCGUGUCAUUGUGGUGUGGUUUCAAAAUGCACGUCAGAAAGCCAGGAAAAACUAUGAAAACCAGGGGGACGGAGCAAAGGAGAGUGAGCAAAUGGAGUUUUCUAAUGAUCGGUAUAUCCGUACUGCCAACGGUAGCUAUGAGUGCAAGAAAUGCAACAUGGCGUUUCAGCGCAUUUUUGAUCUAAUCAGUCAUCAGAAGAAAGUGUGCUAUAAAGAAGACAACGAUGAAGUAUCCUCUUAUCAAAACGAGCUUGUAUUUGAUUGUAAACCGUACAGUCCACCUGACACCUCAAGUCUCACUCCACAGCCCUGCACUUCUAGUCUCUCAAACGUUACUGAGCUAAGCACAGAUGGAAAGUCUACUGACAAAGAGCUGCCAGACCCUGACAUUGUCUCAGAUUCCUUUACUGAGGAUCUUAAACCGAUAAAAGAAUCAUCUUGUGGCCCUGAACAUUGUCUUGAAAAUCCAAAGCUUGAAGCAACAUAUAAACAGACCAAAUGUCCUACUGAAGAUAAUAUACAGUCAUGCUCUAAAAUUUGUUCCCCACCCCCUCUGCAGCAACACCAACCGACUAACCCACCUAUGAGCCAGACAAGCCCAGUUCCAUCACAGAGUUCACAGAUGAGUUCAGCAAGUCCUUCUUCUCAGCAACAAGACCUAAAUCAAGCACAGCAGAUGACCCCUUACCAUUGCAUUCAGUGCAAACUGAGCUUCCCAUCUUUUGAACACUGGCAAGAACAUCAGCAGAUGCACUUCCUUGUUGCUCAAAAUCAUUUUGUUCCCCCACAGUUCCUGGAUCGCCCCAUGGAUAUCCCCCUUAUGCUUUUUGACUCAAAUAAUCCUCUGGUGGCAAGGCAGGUACUUUCUGGAGCUUUUCCACAGAUCUCACUCAAUUCGUCUACAGCAGCAGCCGUUCCUGACUCAACGAUAAACUCCUUGAAGAGGAGGCUUGAGCCCAAAUCUGGAAGUAGUGCUGUAGAAAAUGACUGGGAGCACAGUGGGGAUGAUUCCCAGCGGGACAAGCGAAUGAGGACCACCAUCACUCCAGAGCAGUUGGAGAUAUUAUACCAGAAAUAUCUCUUGGAUUCCAAUCCAACAAGGCAAAUGCUUGACCACAUUUCUCAAGAAGUGGGUCUCAAGAAAAGAGUGGUUCAAGUGUGGUUCCAGAACACCCGAGCCCGGGAAAGAAAAGGCCAGUUUCGUGGUUUGGGUCCAGCUCAAGCCCAUCGACGCUGUCCAUUCUGUCGUGCAUUGUUUAAGGCACAAACUGCCCUUGAUGCUCAUAUCCGUUCACGGCACUGGCAUGAAGCAAAGAAUGCAGGUUUCACUAUAGCAGUAGCUGGUAUGGCCCAAGACCUAGAAGGCUCUCAACUGAAAAUGGAUUUUUCUAAAUUUUCACUGAUGCCAAACACAAGCGAUGGGCUGAAUUGCUCAGACUCUCCAACUUGUAAAAGCAUGGAUUUAUCCUCACGCGAUCCGGAACCUAGUCCAAAGUCCCUAAUAAAUGGAGGAGUAAAUGAAUUAGAAGAGUCAUCCACCUCAGUCCAACGGUCCUUUGAAAGCGGCAACCUGGAAAACCCUAAAUGUACUUCAAUGAAUAUUGUCCCUAAUGGAACCAUUACUGAUGAUGAAAACUACUCUGAAGCGAAACAGAAUUGCAUUGAUCACUUAUCCUUUAGCUCAGAGAGAGAGGCUUCUUCAGAAAGUGAAGACAAGAUGUCCUCAGGGCUGGUUAGCCCGGCAAUGAGUUUUAAUGCAAAGGAUUAUGAAAAUGAUUUGAUCCUGGAUUAUAGCGAGAACUCAAGCUUAGCUGAUCCUGGCUCUCCCUCUCCUGGAGGAUCCAACGGUCAAAGCACAGACAACGAAAGGCCAGGUCAAAAACGCUAUCGCACUCAGCUAAGCAACUUGCAAGUCAAAGUGCUCAAAGCCUGUUUCAGUGACUACAAAACCCCUACUAUGUUGGAGUGUGAAGCCUUGGGAAAUGACAUUGGGCUUCCCAAAAGGGUAGUACAGGUGUGGUUUCAGAACGCACGUGCCAAGGAGAAAAAAGCCAAGCUCAGCCUUGCCAAGCAAUUUGGCACAGAGAGUUCAUCCACAGAACGACCCAAAAAAGAAUGUACUCUCUGCUGUGUCAAAUAUAGUCGUUGUCUGUCUGUGCGCGAUCAUGUCUUCUCCCAGCAGCAUCUCGCAAAAGUAAAAGAAGCUCUAGGGGGACAAAUAGACCGAGACAGGGAAUUUGUAGAUUUUGUAAGUGUUCGUCAUCUGAUGACCGAACAAGAGAUGAAUAAUCUGAAAAAGACAAAUGAGAUCAUGGCAGUUGUUCAAACACAGUCUGCAGAGAGCUCGGUGUCCUCCAGUCUCACUACCCCUCAGUAUUCAAACUUACUGACUACUGGUUUACCAGGGACUGGCAGCAAGUCAUUAUCAAGCUCUUCAAUAAAAUCAGAUCCUAUUGAUCCCCCAUCAAAUGGGCUGACCAGCAACCCUAAUGCAUCUUCUUCAUCCACGUCAGCUGCCAAUGACAAAACCAGUGCAAACAACUCUGUCUCACCCCCAAAGCCUAUAGAUUCAGAAUUGAAGCUACAGUUGUCCAAAGAGAGCAACUUUGAAAAUGGCAAGAAUCCCUCUGAAAAGCUUGAAAGGGCUUCCGCUGGCAGUGCUACUCAUUCAGUCUCUUCUAUAAGUAAGGAAAAACAAGACUCUUUAAUACCAGCUGCAUCUACACCAAAACCUGUUAAGGACUACAGCAUCGAUCCGGGUCAGCUCCAUGCUCUGCAAGCAGCGGGGACCACAGAUACUGCCUUGCUCACGAAUCCCCUCCUGCCCUGUCUUAUGCCAGGAUUCCCUCCUAUGUUCUCUCCACAGAUUCCCCCAGCUCUUACUGGAAGCUUUCUGCAGCCCAUGUUUGGUAUGGAUGGUAUGUUUCAGUAUAGUCCAGUCCUGCCACAGGCUUUAAUGGGUUUGUCUACGGGCUCCAUUCUCCAACAAUAUCAGCACAAUUUGCAGGGUGCACUAAUGCAUCAUAGGCUGCAGCUCCAAAAGAAACAACUGUUGCAUCAAUCCAAAAAAACCAAGGCUAGCCAAAUCUCCUCUACAAAAUACUCUCAGGACAUGGCUUAUAAUAAUGACCUUGUCUUGAAUCUAUCCAAACCAGAAGAGAAGAAAGCUAGCUCAGAUGGAGAUGGCCCCUCUUCCUUCUCCUCUGGCACCACUAAGCAGAUGGAUGAUAGUUUCUUAAUCAGCCAAUGUGUUGUCUCUAAAGGGACAAUUAAAGAAGUAGGUAAGGAUGUUUGUCUGUAUGGCUGCCUUGCCUGUGAGGUCUCUCUCAAAGGGAACGAAGAGCUCAUCCAGCACGUGGAGAACCAUCAGCACAGACAGAGAGCAGUGGAGCACCUGAAUGCCAAAGAGCAUGCCUCUCGCCUCUUACCUCACAUUAGUCCCUCAUCUACCUCGCAGCCAAACCCUCCUAGCAACCCAAAAUCUCUGCCCAGGCAGUCUGCUUCAGAGAGUCCUUCUGCCAUCUCCUGUCUAUCCAGACCAACAGAUCAGCACUCCAAAUCUCCAUCAACCUCUACAGCUUUAUCUGAGGCUACACAAUCCGGUUGUACCCCAGCUUCUCCUUCAGAACAAGUUUCCUUACACUCAACUGUUACCUCAAGCCUGAACGGCAAUGUAAUUAGUUUUGAACCAACAGACUCUGCUAGUGGGUGUUACCCCGAUGAUGGAGCAGCAGAGGAGAAAAAGUCCACAUAGUAUCCUGCAGCCAAAGGCUACAUGCAGACGAUUGCAGCUAUAGCUGUAGUCGUAUCUGCCUUGUCACAGUCCUAAUGCAUUGGUUUAAAAAAAAAAAAAAAAAAGACUGGAAAAGCAAAAAACAUUCAAUGAUAGAAGAUAACCGGAGAAAACACGAACCUAGCGAUAGUUUGAAAGACUUUUAAACGGACUGGAUCCUGUAGGAUAUACCUUACGUUUCCAAUGCUUGUAACCAAAAAAGUGUCAGUAGAAUGUUUUCUCACGUCAAUAUGCUGGUCAAUUUAAACUUGAGAAUACGCAAACACUGUUUGGAAACUGAAGCGUGCACAGAUAAGGACUGGAGUAGAACCUAAGAUGGUUUUAUAAUUACCUAAUGACUAACUAACCAAAAGUCUGUUUGUUGUUUAUGUUUUAAAAUACACUCACACAAAAAAAUGAGUUUUACGACCAACGAGUUUUACGUGUUAAAAUAAUGUAAUAUCGGCUCACUAAACUAAUGUAUUUUAAUGUUGUCUACUCUCAGGUCAACAUGUAUUCAUUUUCUGCUACCGAACAUCGGCGUCUGAGAAAAGUACAGUAGUUCCGAUGCGUACCGACAGGAAAAAAAAAAAAAAAAAAAUGAAAUCCAAAAAGAAAAAAAAAUUGUUAGUAUUGGAAAUGUUACAACCUGGUUUGCAUUGUCUUUUUUUUAUUUUUUUUAUUAUUAUUUUUUUUAUUGGACAAAUGUUUGUCCAGACACAAAGAGUAAUGCAGACUUUAAUUGUGAGCGAAAGGGUAGAUUUUUUUUUUAUGGUGUGGGGGGAACAUUGUGUUAACGAUAGAAACAUGUAUUGACAUUUUGGUGUUGCGUAGAUUGUCGAAUUCAAUUACUUAAGUGUAUGGUAGAUUUAAAAGAAAUUACUUGUAUAUUUAAUUUUUUGUACCUUCCCAGUCAAAGACACUUGAGGUUGCUUCCAGCCAUGCCAAUGUUAAGAAUUUACAUUUUACCCCUUCUAAUAUAGUUCAACAUUGUUACUGUACGACCUUCCCUCCUGCACUGAGCCAAGUGAAAAGACCAUAUCUGUAAAUGAUUUUCUGUCAAUGCAGAUUUAAGAAAUGUCCUUAGUUUGGUUGUCUUUCAAACGUCUUUAAUUUGUGCACUUAAACUUUUUUAACCCUCUUUACCGUAACUCCCUCUUUUUUACUUUGAAAUGUAGUUUCUUACUCCUCUUUAACGAUGUCUUUUUUUUCUGAAUGUUUCUGCACUUGCCAUAUAUGGUGACAACAACAAUAAUGUAACUGAUGAAUACAAUAACUCACAGUAUUGCUUUAAUGGAAAAUCCAAAGAUUAAGUACCACUGGUGCAUACAAAGGAUGGGGAAAACUCUAUAUUUGGGAAAAAAAAAAUAUUACUGUUUUUAAGGAACAGAAACCUUUUUAGAUGAUGGAGCCAGCUAGGAGAAAACUGUUUAAACUUUGAACAUUUGUGACCUCAUAUAUAAAAUAAACCGAAAAACCAAAAACCCCCCCGAAGCCUCUUUGCUGAGGGUAUGGGACAGUACCGUAGUUCAGCCAUUGCAGUUUGUAAAAUAGAUGGAGAACGUUCACUUUAAUGUCUCCGUGACUGGCUUGUCAUUUUUGUCUGUUUGUUUAUCCUCUCUUCGUUUGUCUGUUCUACUAAAUGUACUGGGGUUUAUUUUUGACAAAACACAGUGUGCUGCUAAUGUAGUUUUGUAUUGACACUAAGAUGCAUGCUUGAUUUUCGCUUUUUUGCUGAAGCUUUAAUGGCUGCAGACGGUAGCCAGAGACCCCCUUUUCCCUUCAUCUCGCUGCAGCUCUGCCCACACACUUCUCCAAGACUACUGUGAAGACUGUGAAUAAAUGUCCAUGAACCGUGUUCUUUUCUGCUCUUCAGAACAACCGACGUUAAAACCGAACCAACAAAUCUUUAAAAACCAAUGAUGUUAUAUUUAUACAAAGUUUGCAUUCCAAAUGUCACGUUGUUUUAAUCCAAUUUAUUAUUUUCUUUUCCCCGUUCUCCCGAGUUAGGGGAGCGUUCCGUGUACUCUCAUAUCCGAGUCUGGACUUGAUGUGAAAGACUCUUGUUUACUGUAUGUGCUCCUGGGAAUGUUGUUACUGUUGCAAUUGCCAAAUAAUGUACAUGUUCAUUAUGCACUUGUGUUUAUAAUGCGAGUCGUUGGGCUAGUGUCUCUCCCGUCCUCUCUUAUACCAAGCAUUCAAGUUCAAUAAAGUCUGUUUCAUUUUACUAGACCAUAAA